GCAAGCGGGAAGGUCAAACGGUCUCUGUGGAGAGUGAGGCCGGGGUUGGUUUCCCGGUUAGCGACGGACGCGGGAGCGGGCAGGCGUCCCGAGCGGUCCUGCCAUGACGGCUUUCGAGAAGCCUCAGAUCAUCGUGCACAUCCAGAAGAGCCUCAACUACACGGUGUUUGACUGCAAGUGGGUGCCCUGCAGCGCCAAAUUCGUGACUCUGGGCAACUAUGCCCGGGGCACUGGCGUCAUCCAGCUCUACGAGAUCCAGCACGGGGACGUGACGCUGCUGCGGGAGAUUGAAAAGGCCAAACCCUUUAAGUGUGGAACAUUUGGUGCAGCAUCUCUACAGCAGAGAUAUCUAGCUACUGGAGAUUUUGAUGGAAACCUGAAUAUCUGGAAUUUGGAAGCUCCACUGAUGCCAGUGUAUUCUGUAAAAGGCCAUAAUGAAAUCAUAAAUACUAUAGAUGGUGUAGGUGGCUUAGGAAUUGGGGAAGGAGCACCAGAAAUUGUAACUGGAAGCCGAGAUGGAACCGUAAAGGUAUGGGACCCCAGGCAAAAAGAUAUUCCUGUUGCUAAUAUGGAACCUGUACAAGGAGAAAGCAAGAGAGACUGUUGGACUGUUGCAUUUGGCAAUGCUUACAAUCAAGAGGAACGUGUUGUAUGUGCUGGCUAUGACAAUGGGGAUGUAAAACUAUUUGAUCUAAAAAAUAUGUCGUUAAGAUGGGAAACAAAUAUUAAAAAUGGGGUUUGUAGUAUGGAGUUUGACAGGAAAGACAUCAGUAUGAAUAAACUAGUAGCUACAUCAUUAGAAGGAAAGUUCCAUGUUUUUGACAUGAGAACUCAGCAUCCAACCAAAGGGUUUGCCUCUGUUUCAGAAAAGGCUCAUAAAUCUACUGUGUGGCAAAUCCGACACCUGCCCCAGAACAGAGAGAUCUUUAUGACUGCUGGAGGUGCGGGAGGCCUUCAUCUGUGGAAGUAUCAAUACCCUGCUCAGCGUUCCAAGAAAGAUUCUGAGGGAGUGGAGAUGGGAGUAGCAGGUUCUGUAAGUCUACUCCAGAAUGUAACCCUGUCAACACAGCCCAUUUCCAGCCUGGAUUGGAGCCCAGACAAGAGGGGUCUCUCUGUCUGCAGUGCAUUUGAUCAGACAGUGAGAGUGCUGAUUGUUACAAAGCUCAAUAAAGUUUGACCUAAGAACUUUGGAUCUUGGAACUUCCCAGGGAAACAGCUUAGAGUUUAAGGUGUCUUUGUAAAAGGAUGACAGUUCUGUUGUCGUCCACUGACACUCAUUGAACAAAGCUGAGGUUGGCUGGUACAGAAAAUAUAAACAAACAUGAAAUAUGGCCUGGGGGUUGGGCAUAUGGAAUGCAAAGGGUUAUGCUCUCUUCAUCUGACUGAGUGUUGACUUGCCUUUUGCAGAGCAUGGGAGUGGUGGGGCUCUACAGAUGAGUUGCUUCUAGAGCAAAGCAGUGUAUUUUUUAAAUUUCCAACAAACAUCUCUAUUUUUUAUAACUUUGCCUCUGUUAAAUGUGUUCUACGUUUCCAAAGUUCCAAGGUUUUCUUUGACAACUUUAUUUCCUUGUGAUGCAUACAUUAUUAUAGUAGAAAUCAUUUCUUCUGUUUAAAAGAGUUUGCGUUGAAAAUUACCAUGAAUUAACCUUAGUAAACAUAUUCACUCUGUGGCAUUUCAUUGUCAAUUUCUUUGCAGGAUAUUAUUUGGUAUUUAUUUUAUUUAUAAAAACCUACAAUAGUCUAAUAAUUUUUUACUCACCAAUACUGCUCAUAAAAUAUACUAUAAAAUAUUAGAAUUUGCAAAAAUCACUUUUCACAAUUUAAUAAAAUUACUCUUAUUCUUGAAAGAUAAUAAGUUCAAUUAUGUUUGUAAGACUUUUUCAUUGUUUAUUAUGAUCAUUUAUGGUUAUUGGAGAUGUACAAGAUUGUGGGGCUUGGGAAGUCUGUUGAUUUUUGGCAAGCUUUUUUAUAUGUUAAUAAAGUUCUAGUAUCUAAAAUAUAAAGAGACUUUAUGAUCCUGAGUGUCAGCCUAAUAAUAGUAAGGGGCAAAGGGUAGUUACCAGAUAUGCGGUGGUUACCAGAUAUGCUGGCAGGAGCAAGCAGUGAGAAAUGCUACUCGGAGACAGAAAAAGAUUUAAAAAGUAAUACAAGACUUCAAAAAAAGCAUGGUAUCCUAUAGCUACUCAAUGUCAGGGGAAACCAUUCUCUGCCUUUUUUUUUAGCUCCUGGGGAAAAACUCUCACCACCAGCACAGAUCAGCACCUUCAGAGUAACUUCUGAACCUUAAGAGCCCUGCCUGGGACCCUAAGGGUUAGUGAUUUUACCAAGCUUACACAGCCAGCCAGUAUGUGUCAGGGACAGGACUCAAGGCAUGUCCUCCUGACUCCAGGACAGGUCUUCUGUCCCACAAUCCCUCCCAUCAUUUUAUUAUAGAGCAAUCAUCAGUUUUCAUAACAGUGAUCCCAGGAAAUUCAGAGGAGGUUUGGUAUGGUCUGCAUGUAACUUAUGCCUACGAUAAACUGUGUAACAUUAGGAGAAAACACCAUCAAAAAUAGUAAUUUUUUUUUUCCUGAGUAGGAGGUGCUUCAGUUCUCCAAAUAAUCAGUUUUAUUUAGUAUAGCUCAUUAGUGUUGAGCUGGAAUGAAGGUAGCCACAGUUUUUAAGUAGAGGAGGCUUAUUUUCAGCCACUGUUAAGCAGUAGCCUUUGCUUUUAAUGCUUCAACAACAACAACUGCAGUUUUCCCACGUGUCAGAACCCCUCAAGGCUCAGCCCCAUUGGCCUCAAAGGUUGGCUUACCAGAGAGCAAUGAUUAUUUCUUCCUUCAGGUUUCUAGGGGCAACCUUGAUGAGCUGAAGUUUUUCUAGUAGUGUUGCUCACAAGCUGCCCCAACUGAUGGACUCCCCAGUGAGUAUCAAUUAGCCAGCCAGACUUAAUUAGUUUUUAGAAAGAGAUAUUUACUGAAUAUGUAUAGCAACAACAAUUGUAACAGAAAUGUCCCGUUAAACUGGGGCACACUCUCUUCUUUCACACACAAGGUCCCUGGGAAAAGCGGGUUAAGACUUAGCUUACAUGGCCAAAGGGUAAAAUCACACAUCCUGAUCACUGGAAAUCCUUUUCUCCCUUUGUGGAAUCCUCAUGAAGUUCCCCUUAGAUGUUCCUCUCUUGAGUCUGAGAGUUGAUGCUCUGUAGAGUCUCGAAUCUGCCUUUCUUUAGUGCGUCUAAUUGGUUCUAUAUCUCUCAGCUCUUGAUUUAUUGAUUUGAUUGUGUCCGCAGACAGUGCUGCUGGGUAAGCUGAUGAGAGUUCCAACUCUCCUCACUUCUCUAAGUUCACAAUUUUAUCACCUGAUUGGUGAAAGGGAGGGAGUGUAAUACUCUGCCAGGGCUCACUUCCAUGUCAUCCCAUGUACCCUUUGCUCUCUACCUCUCUGCCUCUUUUUUUAAAAUUUUUAAUUUCUAAAAGUUAUUUUAAAUUUAAAUACAAGA